AUGUCCGUAGAGACGUUAACCACCAUCUCCCCCACCACCAACGGCCCCAUCCUUACCCGCGCCGGCAUUUCAGAGUCCGACCUCCUUACCCUCCCACAGACAGCCCAAACGGCUUUCCGCUCUUUUUCCCGCUCUACGACCCUUGCUCAACGCCAAGAAAUUGUCGCAAAAGCCCUUGCCAUCCUCUUGAAGAAGAAAGAUGCGCUUGCACGCGAAGUCACGGAGCAGAUGGGUCGCCCGAUCGCAUACACGGGCGCAGAGAUUACAACCGCAGUCAAGCGUGGAGAAUACUUAAACCGAGUGGCGGGCGAAGUUUUGGGGGACAAGAUCGAAGCAGACAGCGAGGCGGGAUUCAAAAGAUACUUAAAAAAAGAACCUGUUGGAGUUGUAUUGGUUCUCUUUGCCUGGAACUAUCCGUAUUUGAUCCUUGUCAACAGCUUGAUCCCGGCCCUUCUCGCUGGGAACGCGGUAAUCCUCAAACCCUCGCCCCAGACCCCAACCGUUGUCGAACAGAUGGCUGCUAUUUUUGCCGAGGCGGGCCUCCCACAGAAUGUAAUUCAAUACUUCCACUCGGGGUCACCCACCUCCAUCGAAACACUUAUUCGCUCUCCACUUAUUAAUCACAUUUGCUUUACUGGCUCCGUCGCCGGGGGUUUAGGAGUGCAGAAAGCCGCGGCAGACAGAAUCGUUAGCGUUGGGUUAGAGUUAGGUGGCAAUGACCCUGCAUACGUCCGUGACGACGUUGACGUCGCUUGGGCAGCCGAGGAAAUUGUCGACGGGGCAAUCUUCAACAGCGGCCAAAGUUGCUGCGCUAUAGAGCGGGUAUAUGUUCAUGAAAAAAUUCACGAUGUGUUCGUGGAAGAGGUUAAGAAGGUUCUAUCAAAAUACCGGGUAGGCGAUCCAUUCGAUGAAAAGACCCAGAUUGGACCUGUUAUUUCGAAGAGAGCCAAGGAGAAUAUCCUUUCACACAUUGACGAUGCUGUGAAGAAGGGAGCCAAAGACGAAACUCCCGCCAACUCGACAUUUGAGAAUAUGCCGCCUGAAGGCAAUUUUGUCAAGCCAACACUAUUGACAGGAGUGAAUCAUGAUAUGGUUGUCAUGACAGACGAAACCUUUGGCCCAAUUAUCCCUGUCAUGAAGGUUAAAGAUGACGAUGAGGCCAUUCGGCUGAUGAAUGACAGUGACCUAGGAUUAACCGCGAGCGUUUGGACUAAAGAUGUGGGUACCGCAGAAGACUUGAUUGAGCGGAUUGAGGCUGGAACAGUGUUUGUCAAUCGUGCUGAUUAUCCAAGUCCGGAUCUUGCCUGGACUGGCUGGAAGAACUCUGGGCGAGGAGUUACACUGAGCAAGUUCGGAUUUGAUCAGUUUGUGAAGCUGAAGAGCUUCCAUUUGAAGGAUUAUCCAAAAUAG